AUGAUCGAGCUGCGGAUCGCUGCGCAUAUUGCCGUGCACAGCACAUUCAAGACGGCGGACCACAUGACCCCAGUCAUCAAGGACUGCUUCGCUGACUCAGCCCUGGCCACAAAUAUGUCCCUGUGCCGCACGAAGUGUGCCGCACUCAUCACAAAAGUACUUGGACCCACUUUCAAGGAAGCCCUUCUUGCGGAUAUGACAGGGUCCAAGUACUCUCUAAUCAUUGACGAAAGUACAGACGUGUCAUCGACCAAAGAACUUGCCGUCGUUUCACGUUACUUUUCUUAUGGGCGUAGCAAAUUCUGCACGUCUUUCCUCGGGCUCAUUCCUGUUUAUGACGCCUCUGCAACAGGAAUAUUUUCUAGUUUAAAGGCGUUCCUAGACUCGUGUAAUAUUUCCUUGGAAGACUGUGUUGGUGUUGGCACAGAUGGUGCGAGCGUGAUGUGCGGGCAAAAUAACAGUGUAUUCACGCAUAUGAAGGCGGAAAACGAGAACAUGAUACUAGUUAAGUGUGUGUGCCACUCAUUACAGCUAGCAUGCAGCGAAGCUGUUGCAGUGCUGCCAUCACAACUAGACUUUCUCGUGAGGGAAUCCUUCAAUUGGUUCUCCCAUUCCCCAAAGAGGCAGCAGACAUACCAUGCCAUCUAUGCUGCCAUUAAUGAAGGCUCCGCGCCGCACAAACUCAUUGGCAUGAGCGCGACACGAUGGCUAAGUAUAGCAGGAGCACUACGUACUAUAUUGACGCAAUGGCUUGAGUUGAAGACAUUCUUUAAUGCUGCGAAGGCAGAGGAGAGGUGCUACACUGCAAGACUGCUGUCUGACAUGUACAAUGAUGAGGUCAACCUCUUGUUCAUUAAAUUCGUCAGCCCCAUCGUUGACGAAUUCGAGAGGAUAAACAAAGCUUUCGAAGCAGAAAACCCGGACCCUUGUCGACUGCACGAGGACCUACUGUUGUUCAUCACGAGCCUCAUGCGCCGGGUUGUCAUGCCAUCCUUUGCAUCCCCUGGCAGCAACUGGGAGUCUCACAUUCUACACGUUAGAGCGUGCGCUUUUGGAACGACAUUCCGACAAGCACUUGAAACCGCGAACCUCGACGAUGACGAAAGGACGCGUGUGAUGGAGCGCUGCCGCCAGUUCUUGGUUGCAGCUAUCAAAGCUGUGCUGAAACGUGUUCCAUCAAACAUUGACUUAAUGGAGAACAUGAAGCUUUUGCAUUGCGAUGCAAUAGCAACAAGGAGAUUUGGCGACAUCUUCGAAGCUUUCAGGAAGUUUAUUGCCCCGGGUGAUGUAUCUGUGAUGGAGUCCGAAUUUCUUCUGCUACAAGCAAACAUCAACGAACUGCGACGGGGCUCAACGUGUGACUUUUGGAUUAAUGUGGCUUGCGCUACAAACAGUGCAGGAGAGAAGAAAUUUCCAAGGCUCUCCCAUCUUGCCUUAAGUCUCUUGACAUUGCCUCUUUCAAACGCGUCAGUAGAAAGAGUUUUUAGCCAGGUUGCGCUUACUAAGACGGACAUCAGAAACAGAAUGUCUCACAAUACACUAGAAAACACACUCCAUGUGAAGUUUGCCUUACGAAAAGACGGGGGCUGCUGCAAAGACUUUGUUCCUUCUGACGAAUUUCUGCGUAAGUUUACCAGCGAAAUAAUGUACGAGUGA